GAUGGCGGCGGCAGUCCGGGCCGCGGGGCUCGGGCCUAUUGGGGUGGGCGGGGCGGAGUUGGGUCGCUAGUUGUCCCGGGGUCCUCCCCACAAGCCACGGGUCCUGGAGGGCUUCUCGGGGCGGUCUCGGGCCCGGCAGCUGCGGCGAAACCUGGCGCCGAGAGGGGGGCCUUCUCAGGGCCCCGGGACGCAUCCGUGGGUUCCUGGGGGCGUCUAUGGGGCGUCUCCGAGAGGACUUGGGGCGUCUCUGGGCCUACACCGAGCCUAAGGCCUGCCCUCCAUCACACAGCUGGCCUGGAUCGUGUCUGUAGACACUGUAGAUUGUGUUUAUGGGCUGACCGGAGGCUAGGGUCUGGUUAGAGGGUUCUGGGGCCAUCUUGAGAUCUUGAGAUAUGUCCCAGGGGUGAAGGAGGGUCUGCAAGACCUGAAGAGUAUCUUCAGAGCCAUCUAGAGCGCCUGGGGUGACCAUGGAGGAAGAAGAUGAGUCUCGAGGGAAGACAGAGGAGUCGGGCGAGGAUCGGGGCGAUGGUCCGCCAGACAGAGACCCCACGCUUUCUCCUUCUGCCUUUAUCCUGCGAGCCAUCCAGCAGGCUGUGGGAAGCUCCCUGCAGGGGGACCUGCCCAAUGAUAAAGUCUCUGCAGCAAGUCCCCUGUGUCCAAUCCCCCAUGCAAAUCUCUCAUCAGAUGGCUCUCGGUGUCAUGGCCUUCGAUGGCGGCGCUGCCGGAGUCCACGGUCAGAGCCCCGUUCCCAGGAAUCAGGGGGCACUGACACGGCUACUGUGUUGGACAUGGCCACGGACAGCUUCCUCGCAGGGCUGGUGAGUGUCCUGGAUCCCCCGGAUACCUGGGUUCCCAGCCGCCUGGACCUGCGGCCUGGCGAAAGUGAGGACAUGCUGGAGCUGGUGGCUGAGGUCCGAAUCGGGGACAGAGAUCCCAUCCCUCUGCCUGUGCCCAGCCUGCUGCCCCGUCUCAGGGCCUGGAGGAUGGGCAAAACGGUUUCUCCACAGUCGAACUCCUCUAGGCCCACCUGUGCCCGUCACCUCACCUUGGGCACGGGAGACGGGGGCCCUGCCCCACCCCCUGCCCCCUCCUCUGCAUCCUCCUCCCCUUCCCCUUCUCCCUCAUCUUCCUCCCCUUCCCCUCCCCCACCCCCACCGCCCCCUGCACCCCCAGCCCCACCUGCCCCCCGAUUCGAUAUCUAUGACCCCUUCCACCCCACCGACGAGGCCUACUCUCCACCGCCUGCUCCGGAGCAAAAGUACGACCCUUUCGAGCCCACCGGCUCCAACCCCAGCUCAUCAGCCGGGACCCCCUCACCUGAGGAGGAAGAGGAGGAGGAAGAGGAAGAAGAAGAGGAAGACGAGGAGGAGGAGGAAGGCCUGUCCCAGAGCAUCAGCCGCAUCUCGGAGACCCUGGCUGGCAUCUACGAUGACAACAGCCUGAGCCAGGACUUCCCAGGUGACGAGAGCCCCCGCCCGGACCCGCAGCCCGCACAGCCGACUCCGGCCCCUGGAACGCCGCCCCAGGUGGACUCCACCCGGGCUGAUGGAGCCAUGCGCCGGCGGGUCUUCGUGGUGGGGACCGAGGCAGAGGCCUGUCGGGAAGGCAAGGUCUCGGUGGAGGUGGUGACCGCUGGUGGAGCCGCCCUCCCGCCGCCCCUGCUGCCGCCCGGCGACUCGGAGAUCGAGGAAGGGGAGAUCGUCCAGCCGGAGGAGGAGCCCAGGCUGGCGCUGUCCCUCUUCCGCCCCGGCGGCCGGGCCGCCCGGCCUCCACCGGCCGCCUCGGCCACCCCCACGGCCCAGCCCCUUCCCCAGCCUCCCGCUCCCCGGGCCCCCGAGGGGGACGACUUCUUGUCCCUGCAUGCGGAGUCGGACGGCGAGGGCGCCCUGCAGGUGGACCUGGGGGAGCCGGCUCCCGCGCCGCCCGCCGCCGACUCGCGCUGGGGCGGCCUGGACCUGCGUCGCAAGAUCCUGACCCAGCGGCGGGAGCGCUACCGCCAGCGCUCGCCCUCCCCGGCGCCCGCGCCCGCCCCGGCCGCCGCUGCUGGUCCGCCCACGCGCAAGAAGUCCAGGCGGGAACGCAAGCGCAGCGGCGAGGCCAAGGAGGCCGCCUCGUCCUCGUCGGGCACCCAGCCCGCGCCGCCCGCCCCGGCCUCGCCCUGGGACUCCAAGAAACACCGCUCGCGGGACCGCAAGCCCGGCUCCCACGCCUCGUCGUCCGCCCGCCGCCGCUCCCGCUCCCGCUCCACCCGCCGCCGCUCGCGCAGCACCGACCGCCGCCGCGGGGGCAGCCGCAGGUCGCGGUCCCGGGAGAAGCGGCGACGGCGGCGGCGCUCCGCCUCCCCGCCCCCGGCCACCUCCUCAUCGUCGUCCUCGAGGCGCGAGCGGCACCGCGGGAAACACCGGGACGGUGGCGGCAGCAAGAAGAAGAAGAAGCGGUCGCGGUCCCGGGGUGAGAAGCGGUCUGGGGAUGGCAGCGAGAAGGCCCCGGCGCCCGCCCCGCCGCCCUCCGGCUCCACCUCGUGUGGUGACCGCGACAGCCGUCGCCGGGGGGCCGUGCCACCCUCCAUCCAGGACCUCACGGACCACGACCUCUUCGCCAUCAAGCGGACCAUCACGGUGGGCCGGCUUGACAAGUCCGACCCCCGAGGACCCUCUCCUGCUCCGGCCUCCUCACCUAAGCGGGAGGUCCUGUACGACUCCGAGGGACUGAGCGGCGAGGAGCGGGGCGGCAAGAGCAGCCAGAAGGAUCGGCGCCGCUCGGGGGCCGCCUCCUCCUCCUCCUCUUCCCGGGAGAAGGGGUCUCGUCGGAAGGCGCUGGACGGGGGUGACCGGGAUCGGGACAGGGACAGAGAUAGGGACAGGGACAGGUCAUCCAAGAAGGCCCGGCCCCCCAAGGAGUCGGCGCCUUCCUCAGGGCCCCCGCCAAAGCCACCAGUCAGCAGCGGCUCAGGCUCUUCAUCCUCGUCGUCCUCCUGUUCUUCCCGGAAGGUGAAGCUGCAGUCCAAGGUGGCGGUGCUGAUCCGCGAGGGUGUCAGCAGCACCACCCCGGCCAAGGAUGCCGCGUCAGCCGGCCUGGGCUCCAUUGGCGUCAAAUUCAGCCGUGACCGCGAGAGUCGCUCCCCCUUCCUCAAACCUGACGAGCGGGCCCCCACUGAGAUGGCCAAAGCAGCUCCGGGCAGCACCAAGCCCAAAAAGACCAAGGUCAAGGCCAAGGCAGGGGCCAAGAAAACCAAGGGGACCAAGGGAAAGACCAAGCCAUCCAAGACCAGGAAAAAGGUCCGCAGCGGAGGUGGCAGCGGGGGCAGUGGUGGCCAGGUGUCGCUGAAGAAGUCCAAGGCGGAUAGCUGCAGCCAGGCGGCAGGCACCAAAGGGGCGGAGGAGACUUCCUGGUCCGGGGAGGAGCGGGCAGCCAAGGUUCCUAGCACCCCGCCCCCGAAGGCAGCCCCGCCACCCCCUGCCCUCACUCCGGACUCGCAGACUGUGGACAGCAGCUGCAAGACACCUGAGGUCUCCUUCCUGCCCGAGGAGGCCACUGAGGAGGCUGGGGUCCGAGGUGGGGCGGAGGAGGAGGAGGAGGAAGAGGAGGAGGAGGAGGAAGAGGAAGAGGAGGAGGAGCAGCAGCCUGCUACCACCACGGCCACCAGCACUGCUGCAGCCGCCCCAAGCACUGCCCCCAGCGCGGGGUCCACAGCCGGUGACUCGGGGGCGGAGGACGGGCCAGCUUCCCGUGUCUCCCAGCUGCCCACGCUGCCCCCGCCCAUGCCCUGGAAUCUGCCAGCUGGUGUGGACUGCACCACCAGCGGCGUCCUGGCCUUGACUGCACUUCUCUUCAAGAUGGAAGAAGCCAACCUGGCAAGCCGAGCGAAGGCCCAGGAGCUGAUCCAGGCCACCAACCAGAUCCUCAGCCACAGAAAGCCACCCUCAAGUCUGGGGGUGACCCCAGCUCCUGUGCCCACCUCUUUGGGUCUGCCCCCUGGCCCCUCCAGCUACCUGCUUCCUGGCAGCCUCCCUCUGGGGGGCUGCGGUUCGACCCCCCCCACCCCCACCGGGCUGGCUGCCACGUCUGACAAGAGAGAGGGCAGCAGCAGCUCUGAGGGCCGUGGGGACACAGAUAAGUAUCUGAAGAAGCUGCACACGCAGGAGCGGGCGGUGGAGGAGGUGAAGCUGGCCAUCAAGCCGUACUAUCAGAAGAAGGACAUCACCAAGGAGGAGUACAAGGACAUCCUGAGGAAGGCCGUCCACAAGAUCUGCCACAGCAAAAGUGGGGAAAUCAACCCAGUGAAGGUGAGCAACCUGGUGCGGGCCUACGUCCAGCGCUACCGCUACUUCCGCAAGCACGGUCGCAAGCCAGGGGACCCCCCAGGGCCCCCACGGCCGCCCAAGGAGCCAGGGCCCCCGGACAAGGGUGGCCCGGGCCUGCCCCUGCCCCCUCUCUGAGAGCCCUGGCCAGCUCUUCGCCCCUCACCUCUUUGAAACUCUGGACGUAUUUAUGGCUCCACCUCCCCACCUCCCUCCCCCGUCAGUGGGAUGACUGGGGGAGGGUUGCUGCAGGGGAGAGGAGAGCCCCCUGCCCUGCCCUGCCCCGUGCCCACCUCCCUUGCCCCCAAGCCUGUCCCCAGUGCCCCUCCCUUCUGUUUGUGCCCCUCUCCCCAAUUUCAUUAAAGAUUUCAUGAAACAUUA